AUGACGACGGCGAAGGCGGCCAACGGCGGCCACGGAGUUCUCGCGUCGGAGGUCGAAAGAGCCGAAGGCGCUUUUAAGAAGUUAAAGCCCGACCCCUGCGCCUCCAGUCCUCACAUUGGUCACACACCUACCACAGCUAGCUGUCCAACACCCGCCCGACGGCGACACAGGACUACCUUCACUCAGGAGCAGCUGGCAGAAUUGGAAUCGGCGUUCGCAAAAUCCCAUUAUCCGGACAUAUACUGCAGGGAGGAAUUGGCGAGGACUACCAAAUUGAACGAGGCCAGAAUUCAGGUUUGGUUCCAGAACAGAAGAGCGAAAUACCGGAAGCAGGAGAAGCAGCUGCAGAAAGCUCUGACACCAAUUCCCGCCUGCCAAGGUGCCAUGAUGAGGAAUAUCUAUCCUGGUGCUAGCAGAGGUUAUCAACCCUACCCCCAUCCUCACAACAGCAUAAAUGGCAUAAAUCGUUAUCCCCAGAUGGGCACGACGUCUUACCCGAGCAUGACCCAGCCGUUCUCCAUGUCGCAUUCAGCGUCGAAUAUGUCGGCCGUCACCGGCAUGCGACAAGAUGCAAUGGGAAUGUCGGCGGAGGACGAGUGGUACAACAAGAGCAUCUCGGCUCUGAGAAUGAACACAGCCCACCACCCGAAUCUGGCCGCACCGAUGUUACAGUAUCAGACAUAAUUGUAAACGGAGGCGAGAGGGCGACUCGAGGAUCUCGUCAGGAAUCCGAUGGCGUACCUAUGAUCGAAAGCCGAUCGUGGCGAUCGACGGAAGAGACGUGUGAGAGCGAUAUGUGACGAACUCGACGAAGCCCGAUCGACGUUUUGCCGUUUCGCAGAGGGAAGAAGAGGAAAAGAAAAUGAGAGGAAGGAAAAACAGAAUCGAUUUGCGUUAUCGCUAAUCGGCUUGCGCGGCCGCGCCGAUUUCGCAUCCAGAUUUCGCGACGCGUCCUCGCAUCUCGCUUGCAGCAUAAGCAAGCUCGACUCGCAACGGCGUACCACAUGUCGCGAGGCAUAUACACGCGUGCGAGAAGCUCGCGUUUCGUUCGGACCAUAGGCAACUCGAAUGUUUGGUUCGAGCACGACGUUGAAGAUUAAAGCGCGACGAUGAAAUGGCGGGGCUGUGUUUAUCUCGAGCGUAUAUUCGUGAAUUUCGGAAGUUCAACGCGCGCGUGCGACACAUUGCUUCAGAAUAUCAAUCGGCAUACACACUUAGAUCCUUGCUCGUGAUUUCUCGCGUAAUUUCCGCGAUUUAGGAUUACGAUCGACAGGUUGUCCCUGGCAUCAUAUUAUACUUCUUGUCAAUUGACAAAUCCUUUCGCGAAACAUUGGUGCGAAACAAAGCUUUUUUUUUUUUACAUAAGACUUGAAACAGAAUUUGGUCAAAGUGAAGCCUACCAGUGAAGUUAAGAGACAAUCCGGAUGGGCAAAACGUUCGUCGUUCAGUGAUAUUUUUACCCUUCCUUCAAAUUAAUUUUAAUUAAGUUGAAUUUUAAUGAAGCUUAAUGUCACUGCUGUCGAGAAUCGUCGCUAUUUCAUGAAAAGCUCGAUCAUAAGUCGAACAAAGAACACGUUGAAUCAAUGGAAGCUACUUUAACACAGCGCGGAAGGGAAACUAUGUAAAUUUUGAGCGUUUCCAGCCAGAUAGUUUGUACUUCGGUCCUCGUGGCGCAGAAAGACUUAAUUACCUUCCUCCUUAUUACGCGCGGGAGAGAAUGCGCUCUGCCCGAGACACCCUGCGUUUUGGAUUCGCGGACGGCGGGAGACAUCCCGCAAUUUAGCGUGUAUGUACAGAGUGACGUAGAGCCCGGUUUUGCCGCGAGAUCGUCGCGUAUUUUCUACGUGUAAGUAGCCGUUUCUUUUUUCCCCGCGACUCUGGUUCCUUCCGUUCGAGAGAGACGUGUCGCAACGCGCAUAACGCAUUCCGCGCGCGGAAAUCUCCGUUAAUCUCCUAACAACGAUACGUGCCACACCUUCGCUAAAUUGGAGAGAAAGGGGGAGCAGGGGGGACGGUACUGUACAUAAGUGGAUGAGAGAGAGAGAGAGAGAAGAGAUAUAGAUACAUAGAGAUUGCGUAAUCGGCAGAUACUCUAGCAUAUGCGAUUUUUCAAUGUCCUUUUAAAAGUGUAAGCAUACCCUUAGUGAAUGAUAUUAGGCAUUGAUUUGUGUGCUUAUGUUGACCACGAUUUUGGAUAAACCAAAAGAGGGGGGGAGGGGGACGCGUUGGAAGGAGACGGUGGGGAUCUGACAGUGUUUUUGCGUUCAAAAUUUGAGGGGCGCCAGGGUUUCCCCGUGUCGCGACGAGCGGAUUGCCGAAACUCACCUCUUAUUGCGCGCGGAUCGGACGCCGUCGCACGCAAAUUAAAGCGGGGGCGCGUCGCGUCGACUUAAAAAUAAGAAAUGACGGAAAGAACGAACGACGAUCUUGCGUUUCACGCGAUAUGCUGAACUCUGUAAGUAUAUAUAUAUCUAAUCUCGAAAGCGGCACACGUGAGACACAAACUAAAACUUCGUAUUAGAAUAAAAAUUAUCAAAGAUACGCGACAUCGGGAUAAGCGUUGAUGAUAGCAUCGUUUAUAUUUUUAGAUUCGUGUCAGUUUUAGAGACGUGCAUAAAAGCGUGUCGAUUAACAAGACAUUCAGAAUUGUCCGACAGAAAUUAAUUUACCCUGGACAGUUUAUGUAGAUUUGUGUGCGACGGCUCCUUCUCUCAUUUCACCCCGAGAAAGUAUCCGGCGUCGUAAUGCCUAGGCCCCACAAACGGACGGAUCGCGGAGGGGUGAAUUCGUUAGGCGAAGAGAAACGAGAUCUCUCUGACUUCGCUCACCACUGCUUCCGCGAGUGUCGAUCGUCGGGAGGUGCACGAAUAAGACGGUAAAUUUGUUUUGCGCUUGCAAGGCGCAAAAAGUCUCAUCGGAGAGGUCGAUGCCUGGACAAUUGGACGCACGACAGACGACAGGCCCUACGAUAUCACGAGGGGGUGCCCACCGAGCCAACGGAGUUUUAACGAGACAGAUGGGGGUCGCACUCUAUCUCAUCCAUAUCCAGGAUUAAAUAUGUAAUUAUCGCUAACAGAUCGUAUCGUGUAACAAUGUUGUCCUCGUAAUAGUCGAACCGAUUGCAUCAACAGGCCGAAUGA